AGGGAGCGCGCGUCCCAUCCGUUAUUCGUGAAGUUUAAAACAGCAGCCACAAGUAUCGAUCAAUCUUUUUCACGGCGUGCGCCACUUGUGCGUCACCGAGUGCGCGUGGCAUGGCGCCCUGCCUGUUGCUGCUGGAGGAGAGUCUCUGCGUUCACACCCACAUUUAACAAGCGCUGGGGGACAGAGCACUUGGCACACGCACACUUUCACCGCGUUUUAAUCGGUUUAUACGCGAAAGUGCUGCGCGGUAGCGGAGACAGCUCCUGGAGGGGUGUGUGUGUUCUUUAGAGGUGUUUUAACCGGCGCGCUAUGGCGCACAUACUCAAACCUUCUCCCCACACUCCAACACUUUUCUCUCCCUCAGGUGUACCACACCAGUGACAUAACCGAAACCUUCACUGCAUCUGUGGAUCAGGAGGAGGAGGAUGGCAGCCACACACAACGGAUCCAAUGUAACGACAAACUUCACCAACCCGUUUGUACAGCCGCCGUGGCGCAUCGCUCUCUGGUCGGUUGCCUACAGCUCCGUGCUGACGGUGGCGGUGUUUGGAAACCUCAUCGUGAUAUGGAUCAUCCUCGCACACAAACGCAUGAGGACAGUGACGAAUUACUUUCUGCUAAACUUGGCGUUUUCGGACGCGUCAAUGGCCGCGUUCAACACUUUGAUAAACUUUAUCUACGCUGCUCACGGGGAGUGGUACUUCGGGGAAGCCUACUGUAAAUUCCACAACUUCUUCCCGGUCACAUCCGUGUUCGCGAGCAUCUACUCCAUGACUGCGAUAGCUGUGGACAGGUACAUGGCCAUCAUUCACCCGCUGAAGCCUCGUCUGUCGGCGAAGGCCACGAUGGGGGUCAUCAUAUGCAUCUGGAGUCUGGCCGUGGUUCUGGCUUUCCCCCUCUGCUACUUCUCCACAAUCCGAAUCAUGCCCCGCCGGACCCUGUGCUACGUCGCCUGGCCUCGCAUGGCAGACGACACUUUCAUGUAUCAUAUCAUCGUCACGGUGCUGGUGUACGUGCUGCCCUUGGUGGUGAUGGGCAUCACUUACACCAUCAUAGGGGUGACGCUGUGGGGAGGUGAGAUCCCCGGGGACUCGUCUGAUAACUAUCACGGACAGCUGCGGGCUAAGAGGAAGGUGGUGAAGAUGAUGAUCAUUGUAGUGGUGACCUUUGCCCUCUGCUGGCUGCCGUUCCACAUCUACUUCAUUGUGAUGGGGAUCCACGCGCGCCUGACCAAGUGGAAGUACAUCCAGCAGGUUUACUUGUCGGUGCUGUGGCUGGCGAUGAGCUCCACCAUGUACAAUCCCAUCAUCUACUGCUGCCUCAACAGCAGGUUUCGAGCUGGCUUCAAGCGAGCGUUUCGCUGGUGCCCGUUCAUCAAGGUUUCCAGCUACGACGAGCUGGAGUUACGCUCUACUCGCCUGCACCCGACCCGCCAGAGCAGCACGUACAUGCUGUCCAGAAUGGACACCACCAUGGUGGUGGUUUACGACCCUGCCGAUGGAGACGGCGGCGCCGGCUCGGCCAGGAAGCACUCGAGGAAGAGAAGCUACAUGACUUCUCGUCACACGGAGAUCCCUGGAUGCAUCGACGGCAGCGCCAAAAAAACCCAGAAUGGAGUCGCUCCGAGCGCACAGCCUGAAGAGUUUUCCUGAAGAGCCUGUUCGCAGGCGCACAAACAGCAAAACACUUGCAUGAGAUUUGUUUUACACAAAUGCAUGAUACCCUUCUUAUCAGAUUACGGCUCUGGUGGCGGCCCACAUGUUUCAGCCAAUACAGAGAAACAGAAUACCUCUCCACAUAACUGGAUAUUCCUACAACCAAUCAGAGCCUUUUUGUUCCAAACAAAUUCAACUCCGUGACGCUCAGAGGACUUGGAUGACUAUGUCACUGUUACUCUUCUACAGUUCGGUUGUCCCGGCAGAUCUUAGCCAGAGCAUAAUCAAUUUCAAACAGAGCGGCUCUCUGCCACGUCCUGGCUUUCACACUAAAUACGCUGUACAUACCAAAUUUGCACAUGAUGUUUGCGUAGCUUUGACACAGGCACACUGUAAAAAUGAAGACGCGGUUAUUAAAACAUGCAGACAUUACAGCCUCCAUUAACGAAACAAGCCAUUAACUCUUCAGCCAAACACUCACUGAGAUUGUUGAGUUAACAUCGGCGCAUUAAACACAGCCUGUGUGUGUCUGUUAAAGUCCUGGCCCUGCAGGUCAAUUAAUGGACAAGGAAUGGACGUAUACAACUGUUUGGAGAUUAAAGCACACGUCAGAGUGGUGAAACCCUCUCACAGUAGCGAUAAUCUAAGAAUACAUGAUUGUAAUUAUAUAGGUACGUCACAGCUUUCGUUUCCAUCUGUAAUAACCGGGAACUUUAUUUGCUCCAAAGGAUGGACUCUGAAUCCAUUUUCCCCCGGAGCCAUGGACGAGCGGCUGCAGAGUCAUCAAUGGAAUAACUACUGAUUGAAUUGUGGGUGCUCCAUGUGUGGCUCUCAAUUUGACUUUCGGUUAUAUAACUGUUGUAAGGAACAUUUCCUGGCGACUGGCAAACAGCCAGCGGUGAAAUCCAGUGUAAACUGGCAGCGCGUCAAUACACAGGCGGCUAAAUAAGCUCACCGAAAGCACACCGACCACCUAGGGGCCAGUGUGUCUCUUUCAUUUUUACAUUUUCAACUAAGUGAGGGAAUAAAAAGUAAAGGAGGUCACACAGCGAUGUCCGGUCGCUUGCGUUAAAUGCCUUUUAAACAUUGGAUAAUGAGAACGCAGGACAGUUCGGGCCUGCUGCUGCUGCUCCUGCUGCUGCUGCUGCUGCUGCUGCUGCUUCUGUGGGAGUUUCAGUGCCGUUUCCCCGUGUUGCAUCUUAAUUUAACUCGCAGCUUGUGUGCACAGCAUGUGUGGAUGUUGCACUUAGCAGUACUCUAACCUGUGCCAUACUGAGUUUCUAAAUUGAUAAGUGGAGCCAUGCUGUGACAAGUGGGAUUAUAUAAACUAUACUGCAGGAACAGUGUGCCCCCUCCGACUCAUGCCAUGCACAGCGCGGCACUGACAUGACCGGCAGUAAUGGUGAGGAAAAAAAAAAAAAAAAAAAAUCUAUGUAUUUAGAAGUAUUGUUGUAAUUUGCUUUAGGCAAUGGAGUAGUCAACAUGUUUCUGGUUUUAGUUUUACUGUUUUGUCUGUCACCAAACGGACCUCAUUUUGAGAUAAGGCAAAUAAAUAGUAAUGUUUUUACCAUC